CUAAUAGACACCCUCGGAUUUUUCUACCACGUGUACAAAGUCUCAAGAUUGAUAAAGGAUUACACCCUUGUUAUAGAUUGUGGUUCAUGGAAUACUGCAGAUGUACAUUUGCUCCAAGGCACGUCUGCUACCAUUGAUAUAAAUAUAUUUUCCCGCCAAUUUAUCGAUACAUUCACACGCGCUCUCAAUACUUUUACGAGCUCUCACAAAUACAAGUGUUUUCUGUUACAACCCAAAGAUAUUUCACAUCUGAACAGUCGUCACAAUGACUCUGGCAGGGGUGACAGUCUUUCCAUGGGCGGAAUACAUGGUAACUUGUAGGAAUUCUGGGACGGGUGUAGGGCAAACGCAGACGAUUUUGUCAAAUGCAGGGAUUGAUAUGGACCACGUGCUUUAUCUCUCUCCAGAGACAGAGGAGCUUAAAAACUUUCUGGACAUACAUCAAAUGGGAUACAUACUUCGUAUUCAGACGAUGGAUGACUUGAAUGACUUGGCGGUGUUAUUAUAUGGAAAACCUCUGCUGAUGAGAAUCAACCUCGUCCAUACUGAAGUCUCCAGCAAGUACAGUGCCGACAAAAUUUCAAUCUGGGAAGGUGAUUUUGCUUGUGUUCUAAACACAGGUCACCGUCAAGUGCGAUCUCAACUCGACUGGGCACUAAAACAAGCCGAGACUCACUUAAAUAAAGGAAAUAGAUUUAGUAUAGAGAUAGAGCUUGGGGACGUUGUGGAGGGUUGGUACCUACAGAGCCUUGAUUUAUUUUCCGGUUGUGACGACUUCCACUCAACAAAGACCAGAAAUUCCAGACUUAUCCUGACCAAUCAUACUCCUUUUAACCACUGCUUUGACUGUCGGCCAAAAUGGUGGCUCUGCUUGGGCCCAUGCUGGCUCUUCACAGCCCCCAUGUAUUACGUAUACAGACGACUGACAUGUACUGAUUUAAAACUGAAAAUAAAAGCUCCCGUGACGUCACUUCCAGGCGCAAGACGGAAAAGCAUGACUUCUGACUCAUCUCAAAGCUGUAUGGUGGUCAAUUACAAGAAAGAGGGAACAGUCUCCUGCAAACUUGUACAAAACUUGUCUCAGAUGUCCGAACUUAGUACCUAUGGAUCUGUAGCGGAACAGAGCUGAUAACCCUGCUAAAAUAUUACUGAUGUUUCCACGGAAAUUGAAGCACUGGUAUAUUUAGUAUGGAAGCUCGACAAACCAACUGUGAUUAUUGAAUACUAAUGCGAUGAAAAGGACAUCAUUUGUCCUGAUAAGGGCUCUCGGCGAUUAUUAGUUAUCUUCAAUGCUGAUGGCUUGUAGCAAUUGAAGUAGAAUUUGGCUUAUGGGGAAGAAGUAAAUCAGACCUCCCCUAAUCCCCACGACACAACAGCAAUUAAUCGAUGUCAACGGCCAAAGGAAGCGAGAAGAAUCGAUGCUGAUUUACAUAAAGGUUAGAGGUGAAGACUUUCAUCUGCUUUUUGCUGUUUGUAGCAAUAAACAUUGUAAGAAAAAAUAGACUGUUGAAAAUGAAAUUUACAAAACAUGUUUGAAGUCUUCUUGGCAUGUUUUAAUUUCUAGGACAUGUAGCUAAUUUUUUCUCUAGCAUAUAUUUUUUGUUUAUAGCGAUUUUGAUACUUUUUUUGUGUACAAAUUUGCUAUAUUUUGAAUGUAUGUUUGAUGAACUCAAGAUCGGUAUGGUUACAUAUAUAUGUCUCAGAUCAAAAAUAUUGAUUAUAAAAUGAAGAUAUACUUAGACAAAACUGGCUCCGUAUAUGACUUACAUUAUGACCCCUGGGUCGAGGCCUCUGCUGGUGGACUGUUAGUCUCCGAUGGUCUCUACAACCCAGUAGCUAAAUAUAAGUACUUUGGUUCUAGCUUGAAAAUACGGAUAUAUAUUUAAUUGCUGUGGUAAAAUUUAGAAAUU